AGGAGCUGGAAUAGGAACAAUCUGGGGUUUGAGAGAUGGGUAGAGCUUUAUCGGUGAAGUUAGUCCACUAUAAUCGACGUGACACCGGUAACCAGGUUGAAAAAGAGUCCUUGAUACCUUCAAGUGAAAUCCCCAACCACGUGGACAGAGGAUGGGCGUGGCUGAUUGUGCUGGGUUGUUCCGUCAGUCACAUGCUGGCGAUAAUGAUGAUGUCGAGUUUCGGGUUACUGUUUGUCCCCAUCAUUGAGGAGUUAGACACCACUCUGGAGGAAAUCACAAUGGUUGGCAAUAUCAUGUAUGGUUCGACCUACUUUACAGGUAUAAAUACUGGAUUGAUGACACUUUGAUCAAACGUCCUUUUAUUCACGGCAAAUUUCAAACGACUGUGCAUUAGAGGUAGCCAUCAUGGUAGCACCAAUAGCUGUCCCAGAUACACCACCGGUAUCUGUAUUGUCAAAUAUUUGUGUAAUGUGUAUUAUUAGUAUACAAAUACGAAAUAUAAUUUUCAGUAUUAUUGUUUUCCCCAGAUUUUUUAACUUAAGAAUUCUAUUUUUUGACGAAAUA